CUAAAAUCACGUGGCUUUCUAAAACUGCAUACUUAUUUUGCACGCUCUAUUUAGCAAAACAACUUCGUAAACAGCCAAUAGCGAACUGUUGUUCAGUGUUGACGGCGGAAGGGUGGGAAAAGACCAGUUGCGGCCGCUCGUGUUCCUGUGUCUGGAGAUUUGGAAGCGAACAUCCGUUUGGAGGUAGAAAGGCAAAGAAAACUCUGCGAGUGAUGGGCUCAGCAUUGUCGCAACACAGUCGCUCACGAAAUGUCCCAUCACCGUUCACGAUCUUUCAAAACAAAGUCUCGAGAGAGCAAAGGAGCUUGCAGGAGAUUUUGACCUUCAGUCAUGCGGAAACGGAGAAAUACAACGAAAGAUAUUGCCACUUACCAGAUGCUCUUUUGUUGAAGAUUUUCUCGCACUUUGCCAUUGACGACUUAUUACGCGUGUCUAGAGUUUGUCAGCAAUGGCGUAGAGUGAGCCUGGAUCCUACUUUGUGGCUGAGCAUUGAUUUAUCUUCCUGUCUGUACACGCGCUUGCGAGACAGUAACAUUAUCUGCUUAGUUUCACGUGUUACUUCAUCUGCAAUCACGCACAUAGACUUGUCGGGUCCUGGCUGUUCUCGUGUUACGAACGUUAGCUUAUUUCACAUAGCUCGUCAAUGCCACAAACUUCGGAAACUUUACAUCUGCAAUCGUAACCGGAUCACGAGCACGGGGAUGGAGAUGAUCGCCCGAUGUUGCCCUUAUAUGGAAGUCCUCGGAAUGUCGAAAUGUCCUCUGAUACUCAACCGAGGACUCGGGUCCGUGUUGCGACGCUCAAAGCUAUUACGAGAGCUCGACAUAAGUGGAUGCCUAUGGGUUACAGACGCCGUUCUUUCAGAAAUCGGAGAGCAAUGCAGUUCUUUAGAAUACCUGAGCAUCGAGGGCUGCAAAAAAGUCACUGACGCGGGCUUAAUUGCCCUGGCAAAUUCAUGCGCCACGUUAAAACACGUCAAUUUGCGGAACACCAAGCGAAUCAGUAACGCUGGAAUGGAACAAUUCUUGACCAAGAUGCCUGACCUAGAGGGACUGGAAAUUGGUUUGGUUCGAAAGGGCCGAAUGACCGCCGCCAUAUUGAACCAGGUGGCCACGCAUUGCAGGAAUUUGACGUUUUUUGAUUAUCAAGAGUGUUUUCCUACUCCUGUCGAAGAUGUUCUUUGUCAGAUCGCUGAGAAGUGUCAGAGCUUACAGUAUUUGGGUGUGAGAUAUCAAUACCAGACUCUUUCAAAUAGCUUAGUUCUCUCUUUGACUAAACUCUGCCCGAGUCUCGUCAAAAUUGACGCAAGUUUGCGCUUUUACGUACAUAUAUGAUCAUUUUCACAGAACCCGCAGAGUGUUCAGUAUCAAAUUAUUUUCCAAUCAACAAAUAAUUCAAAAAUGAUAGUAUGGAAAAUUAGCAGAACCGACAAGUGGCCCAAUAGU